AGUUAAUAGUUGUCGCUGUUUGAGUGGACGAGUGUGAUUUUUACUGUAUAGGUAAGUACCGCAUGUUCCAAUAUGGUCAUUUGAAUAUUUCAGAUUUUUAAUUAUGCCUAUGUGAGGGUCUCGAACUCUUGGCGAUAUUAGUCUGUUGAAAUAUUCAUAAUCUUUAAAUAACAGCGAUCUGUUUUAAAUAUACAGAUAUAAAAUAUAUUUCUAUAUAUAAAUAAAUCAUACACAUGCAAAUUUAUAUUUAGUAAAGCUGCGUAUGCGCGCAAGUAAGUAUAAACACGCGCACGUCUUCCUAUUACUACUCUAUAGGCUUGCAUUGUUGGCGUGCAGCGUCGACCAAUCGCUUAUCAAAGGUCGUUAGGUGUCAAGAGUGCAAACUGCUAAUUAAUCUACAAAAAAAAACACUUCUUAUCACCUGCAUUUCCACCGGAAAGUAAGAUAAAAGCCUCGUUUCCGUGAGAAAAAUAUAGGUCUAGAACAAAUAAUUGUAUAGAGCCAUUGUAAACGGAGGACAAUCGUUUUCCUCUUCGUAUAGGCCCGUAAAGGGAUUUAAUAAGAGCUGGAAAAAAGGAGCGGUUGACAUUAAAAACGAAACGAAGGCAGGACCAUGCGAUGACUGUCAAUGUUAGUUCAGACGUCUGAAGUAGAAACUAAAACAACAACGCCAAUCUCGAACAUCACCGUGUCCGGUUUCGCACCGAUUAGAUGCGUUAAAAAAGACGAGAAUGGCGAUUAUCCUUCAGAUUAUGCCUUUGUAGUAGAAGUAAAGUGGAUGGAUGGGAGAGCAAAUGUCGUAAAGAGGACUUAUCAAGAUUUCCAUGCUAUGCACUACGCCCUCAUUGCCGAAUUUGCUGAAACGGCCGCUGCUAACGAAAAUCCCCGAAAGAUUACGAGUUGUUUGCCAGUUCACAAGCCCAGAGAAGCGAAUACGAUUCAGUUAGCUGAGAAGAGAGAAUUGCAAUUGAAUAAAUACUGCAAAGAACUAAUUAAAUUACCGCCAAAGAUUUCCGAAUGCGCUACCGUUCUAACUUUCUUUGAAACGAGAAAAGAUGACCCUACGCCCUACAAAGACGAAAAUGUCACCGAACCAAGAAAUUUUAUUAAGGACUACGUAAUUUGCUAUUUGGGAGAUAGUGACGCCGAUAGUAGGGACUCCUCCUCUUCUUCUUCCUCUUCCGACGACAUUGCCUGA